UCCUUUCGAAAAUGAAUGUAUAUUACAUUUCUUGAUACUGUUUUCGUUGCCUAAAUGCAAUACGUGUAUCUCUGUUCGAAUUAGGAAAACUCGGAACUAUGAUAAUUCAAGAACCAAUACAGGCAGCCAUUUGGCAUGCGUUGAACCAUUAUGCUUUCACAGAUGCAAUAUUCCUAGCAGAACGUCUGUAUGCUGAAGUGAAAUCUGAUGAUGCCCUGUUUCUUCUCGCCACCUCAUACUAUCGAAGUGGGAAGCCAGGCAAAGCAUACUCGUUGCUGCAGACACGAGGCUGCCCUACUGCACAGUGCAGAUAUUUAAUGGCCAAGUGCUGCAUGGACAUGGACAAGUUGUCCAAGGCAGAGUCAUGGCUGAUGGGAGGAAACCUUUUAAGAAGUAAAAAUAGUUACGAAGACUUAAUAAAUGAGUAUGGUGAUGCGGCUUGCUUUUCACUAAGUCUACUCGGAAAAAUAUACAGUAAAACAGAGAGGGUGGCAAAGGCAGCUGAGCAGCUCAAGAGAAGCCUAAAACUUAAUCCAUUUCUCUGGAGUAGCUAUGAGCAAUUAUGUAAUUUAGGUGAGAAGCCAGAUCCGGCGAAGGUGUUUCAGCUGUCGAAUCUGCAGACGUUUAGCUCGUGUCAGUCGGCGUAUUCGAGCACGUGUCCCGCGCCCACGCCCACGGCCACCCAGCAGCUGCCACCAGCGACGGACUCCACCCCUGUCAUCGAGCACGUGGAGAACCAGGUCCCAGUACAGGAGACGCCACCGUUCUCAGACGCUGUACAGACCAGGUUGAUGCCAUCAGUAGACUCGGGUCUCAAGCAGUUGGGAGAUCAGGCUGACCUGUCAAUGAGCGACAUGCCACAAGUGCCGAUGGUGCCGCGGUGCGUUGGGAGGCCGCGACCGAGGGCAGGACGCAGUCUGCUGGGAGGACCCACUGCACUCAGUCCCUUCACACCAAGCUUUGGUGUAUUACCUUUGGACACCCCGAGUCCGGCGGAGAACCUAGGUACAUUCAUCACGCCCUCUCCCACACUCAUACACGUUGAGACACACGGUGGCCUAGGACUCGGCAUACCAGAUCCCAAGGCACCGACAAAAAAGACAAUGACAAGAAGAGGCAGUAAACCGCCUGUGUUCAGUCAGUCAGGAACUAACAAUACAUCAGUAACAAGUGCGCAGCAAUCUGGCCUAGGGUAUAGCGCAGUCACAAAUGUGCGACGUAGUUCCAGACUCUUCAGUAAUGCUAACUCUGUCAAGGAGAACAACAAAGGCAAUCUGCUAUUGAAUGCAGCUGGAAAGAAGAAUAGAACGCGUGGGAAGAGCAGUAUCACACAGCCCAGCUUUAAUGAACUGAACGAGCUGAACAAGCCAGAGAAACCCGAGACAGUCACAACUCCUCAAGCACAGGCCGUGGGUCUGCAGAAAGCUGCUGCCGAGGGCCUGAUGCUGCUGCUGCAGAAGAUGGGCAAGGCUUACUCGUGUCUCGCACAGUACAACAGCAAGCAGGCCAUUGAGAUUUUUGACGAGUUGCCUGCGCAUCAUCUGAACACGGGUUGGGUGCUAAGUCAUCUAGGCCGUGCGCACUUUGAACUAGCCGAGUAUAAUCAGGCGUGUAAAUAUUUCACGGAGGUGCGCAGAAUGGAACCGUAUCACCUGGAGGGCAUGGAGUAUUACAGCACUGCCCUCUGGCACCUGCAGAAGGAGGUGGCUCUCUCUGCACUCGCUCAGGAGCUGUCCGACUGUGAUAAGGAAUCCCCAGAGGCCUGGUGUGCUGUUGGCAAUUGUUUCAGCUUGCAGAAGGAACAUGAUGCUGCAAUCAAGUUUUUCCAACGAGCCGUACAGGUGGAUGCCAGCUUUGCAUAUGCAUACACACUACUAGGUCACGAGUAUGUUUUGACUGAAGAGCUGGACAAGGCCAUGUCAUGCUUUCGAAAUGCCAUCAGGAUAGACCCAAGACAUUACAAUGCUUGGUAUGGUGUUGGUAUGAUAUAUUACAAGCAAGAAAAGUUUUCACUGGCAGAGGUGCACUUCAAAAAGGCAUUGUCCAUAAACCCACAGAGCUCUGUGCUCAUGUGCCAUAUUGGAGUGGUUCAACAUGCACUGCAGAGGUCCGAUCAGGCAUUAGCAACGCUAAACAAGGCAAUAGCAACUGAUCCAAAGAAUCCACUGUGUAAAUUCCACCGGGCAUCCAUCCUGUUUGCAAAUGACAAGCAUCAGGAUGCGCUAAAGGAACUAGAGGAACUUAAAGAAAUCGUACCUAAGGAAUCACUAGUUUAUUUCCUCAUAGGAAAGGUGCAUAAAAAGCUGGGCAACACUCAUUUAGCCCUAAUGAAUUUCUCGUGGGCCAUGGACCUGGAUCCUAAGGGUGCCAAUAACCAGAUCAAAGAGGCGAUUGACAAGCGCUAUGUCAAUGAUGAUGAUGAACCCAGUGUUGGCUUCGACCACGACCAGGCAGAAGGAGGGGAGGAGAGCCUGAACUUGACGGACAUGUCGCACGAGAGCAGCAUCGUCGAUGCGGAUGAGAUGCAUCUACAUGCGAUGGAGAGCGACGAGAGCCUGUGAAGCUCUACCGCUCUCAGUCUGCACUUCUUCCUGCCAUGAACUCCCGGAGCAUUGGUUGUCAAGAAUUGAUUAUUGUGAACCGUAUUUCCCAUGUUGGCUAUAGUGAAAAGCAUAUCCAAGAUCAGCUAUGCGUUGAAACCCAUCUCAUAGACCAGAGUACCGAAGCUGCACCACUGUACUGGUAGGCGUACUGGGGCUGAAGUGCCGGUGUAGCAGUACUGGUCACAGCUUCUUGUUGUUGUGCCACUGGUAACUGCAUCCCAACACAGGAGUACUAAUAGUCACUUACUAAUGUAGUGGUAGAAUUGUCUUAAACGUAAUCGCAUUUGGUUACCCGAUGUAGAAUACAUGUGCACGAAGCAAUAUCAGAAUGAGAAUGAAUUCUGUAAAUGAAAGAUUAGGAUUGGGCAAACAAUCAGAAUUUCAGUCAAAUCAAUUGUACUGCUGGAAACUUUGACAGCCGCUGUUGCCAACGUUGCUACCACCUGCUAAAGCACCCAGCUAGAUCAGUAAAGUCGAGUGUAGUUGGCAGCUUUGGUUUACCUACAGUCUGUCCCACAACUCCAUCGUCCAUGCAAUAUAAUAAUAAAGGUAUGCUGGCCAUUAGCAUGCUGCUGGAAAUCUAUUAAACUAGCUGAUCUAUCGACCCUCGUCUACCAGCUUGCAUGUAAAUAUAGUUUGUGAAAAUUUGAGAAAUUGCUGUGCUAUACUUCUUGCUUUCUACACCAUUUCAUUGAACAUGAAUUAGCUGUGGCCCAUGAACUGUUUUAUUAGUGUGAAUGCUAUGUUAGAAAGUCACAGUACCUACACGUGUGUGGUUGCUGCUAUACCAUAGCAUAAUCCCUGGCUAAACGUGGUAAAUGGAUGCAAGAGUUAGUGGGACAGACGCACACUGAUUCAUGCGCUACCAUUCUGUGAGUCUUCUUAUAAUGUGCACUAAUGAUGUAGUUUUGGUAGAAUUUCUAUCGAAUCUGUUUUUAUAGCAGCCAUUCCUAUCUAUAUGAAGAAUUUCAUUGAUAUUGUAAUAUGCUGCAGUAAGCUGACAAUAUUCCGGAGCAUCUUGAGCUGUUGUGGAACUUUUUGAAAGUUGCCUGCCUCUGUUUUUCUAGACUUGGUAGCAUUUCACGUUGACAGCGUCGGCACCAUGCCGGCCCGGCCCCCCCACUCCGAGGUCGGAGGGACCGCAUGCGCGUUCCCAAAAUCUCCGGUAAAGGGGUAUUUUU